AUGGUGCGAUUCAGGUUUCAAGCACAGGAAGAGGUGGGAGAGCGGUGUCCCGUUCUCGAGUCUACCUUCGUCUGAUUCUUCGCGCCAGUUGGUGGCAACUGGAGUGUUUCGAUAAUGCAGAUGCCGGCUGAAAAGUUGAUACAGAGAAGGUGUGACGGUUCUGAACCGGGGGUUAAUCUUGGUUGUCGCUUGAAAAUGGAGUUGUGUCCGAGAGGGCUUCCUCCCUGUCGUACCCCGGAUUAUUGUUGCGGGAACACCCCCUCCGACCCCUUCAAACACGCUACUAAUAUAGCUCGGUGUGUUCCUUUUUCCGGCGUGUUUAUCGAGUCGAUUCUUGUUUGGUGUCUCCUCGAUUCCCUUGUGCCUGUGGGCAUCUGCGUAGAAGCAAGAACUUCGAUGACUUAGUAAGUCAAGCCUUGUUGCGUUGUCGCUGCCGGCAGGAUGUGAGCCGGGCAUAAGCAACGACGCUAGCUGUAUACUUCGAAGUACUUUGAAUACGGAGGGACCACGCCUGUUGCUUGGACGCACGCCAUUCCCGUGUUUUUUGUCUGGGGGCUUCCCCGCAUGCAUGUUGUUUGCCAUUUGUUCUGGGUCGUUUGGUCGCACAUCAAUCAACAGUUGGGCGGACAUUUAUCUGUUUGACCUACCGACGCGGGCUUUGUUUUUCGAGAGGGGCGCCGUGUGUCCUCUUGUGGUACCUGUAUUCUGUUGUUUCUGACGCUGGAUCUGUCGCAAGACACGUGUAUAGCAUGCAUCACUCUGUGGGGCGAGGGAAAGGUGUCGGAUACAAGGUACAAUACGUCGACGCGCUGGGGUGUGUGUACCUGGAGCACUUGGGAUGGUUUUUGUGCGGCAUUGUUUUGCGGCGGCUGUCGAAUUGUGGAGUGAAGUAGUUUUGUAAAUACCAUAUGCAUACUAUGUUGGGCAAGUACGGAAUCUACCGUAAUACUCUUGAGUCAGUUGAUCUUGAAUACAGUCCAUGUGGUGGGUCGUUGUUCGAGUGCUUUCGCAAAGAGACUAGUUUCUGGUUUUCUCUGCAACAUACCAGUUUGUGCAAUCUGUUGUGAGAGAACACGCUGUAGCGAAAGGACUACUGGUGUAACUCCGGAGUACAGCAACUGCCAUGCCUGACCCCCGACUGACUUACCUACCGUUGUUCAUUCAACAGCGACCUGAGCAGAGAUUUAGGGGCAACAGAAACCCCUCGGAUGUAUGGUACUUCAUUAGAAUAUUAUUGUUUCGUUCAUUCUUUACAUACCGUGAGUGACUCAAUCAAGCAAUCGUCACCAAUGCUCUUUAGCCCAGGCUACACACAGCGAUCGCGAGAACACGCGUCCCAUGCACACCCCAAUCGAACCCAUGUACAUGUGUGCGUCGAAAAAAUUGUUUUCCUCGAAUCAAAUGUAGCGGAACGGAACGUGCACCGGGACGCCAAACAGGUGCUUACCUGCGAUCGAUCCUACUGAGCGUAGGCGCUGAAGAGCCUGAAUCACACCUCAAGGGGGUCGGUUAAUAGAAGAGAUCGCUCAAAGAACCCAUGCCCGAACAGCCUAGUCCGGGCGGGCACCGAAAUGAUACUCCAAGUCUGCAAUUCGUUGGCACCGCCACCCCUCACACCCUUCCCUUCCCUAAGAAGAACUGCCUGCGGACAUGCAGCACCAACAUCAAACCGUUGACUGCCAAUACAAUAAACACAUACACGGCAGCAGGCGUCUGUAACAGUAGAGAUUGGGUUACCAACGCAGCAGAUCAGACAGAGCAGCAAGGCACACCAAGUAACAGGAAGGAGCAAGAAGCUCCAACAACGACAUCGGGUGCCACGGGCAAGCUCGAUGGGCCUUGCCCUACCAUAUAUCGCCGAAGGGCAUACACCAAAGCAGGUCACAGACGAUCAGCCGUUUUUUUGUUAUCUUCACUUCAAAUCAGAGCUCACAGGACAAGUGCCGUUUCCUACCCGUGGUCACACAGAAGACUCUACCCUCCCCUC